UUAACGGCUGCGUUCUUCGACCACGCGCAUAAAUAAAGUGUAACUGGACGAAUGCUAUUAGGCGAAAACCCAAAGUAACACGACGUAAUGCGCACAUAAAUUAGCUCUUGUCUGUGUUAAACAUGUUCCCACGUGACUUUGCGUGGGGAGCGGGAACUGCUGCGUAUCAAGUAGAAGGUGGCUGGCAGGCAGACGGCAAGGGACUAAGUAUCUGGGACACAUUUUGUCAUGAGAAAGGCAGAGUGUUUGGGGACCAGAAUGGAGAUGUUGCCUGUAACAGCUACAAGCUGUGGGAGAAGGACCUGGAGUGUAUCCAGCAGCUUGGACUGACACACUAUCGCUUCUCGCUGUCCUGGUCCCGCCUCCUGCCUGAUGGGACCACAGGACAUGUCAAUCAAAAAGGUGUGCAGUACUACAACAAGAUGAUUGAUGAUUUGCUGGCCUGUAAUGUAUCACCCAUGGUCACACUGUACCACUUUGACCUGCCUCAAGCUCUCCAAGACCAAGGCGGCUGGAAGUCACCAAGUAUAGUGAGGCUGUUUGACAGCUAUGCCAAAUUUUGCUUCCAGACAUUUGGUGACCGUGUCAAACUCUGGAUCACUAUCAAUGAGCCAUAUGUAUGUGCCAAACUGGGCCAUGAAGAUGGCAUCCAUGCUCCAGGGUUUAAAGAACCUGGGAUUUUGGCCUAUUUAGUGGGCCAUAACAUGCUGCGUGCCCAUGCCAUGGCCUGGCACACUUACAACACUGUCUUCAGGUCCAAGCAGGGGGGUCGGAUAUCUCUGGCCAUCAACAGCGACUGGUGUGAACCAUUAGAUGCAGAUUGCAAUGAGGAUAUCGCUGCUACUGAAUGCUACCUCGCAUUCACCCUUGGAUGGUUUGCUUGGCCUUUGUUUGUAACUGGAGAUUACCCAGAAACGAUGAGAUCUGCCAUUGAUGCUCAAAGUAAAAGGUUUGGACACAGUGGCAGUUCAAGACUUCCAAAUUUCUCCAAGCAUGAACCCUCAAUUUUGGGCACAGCAGAUUUCUUUGCGUUAAACUACUAUACCUCUCGUAAAAUCAGACCAGGAGAAGGCUGUGGAAGUGUAAUGUGUAUGAAGAGUGACAGAGACGCAGCAGAAGUUUUGGAUCCGUCCUGGCCUAUUUGUGGAGUGCCCUGGCUUGCCAUAGUUCCCAAUGGUUUAAGGAAACUUCUUAAGUACAUUAAGGACACGUUCAACAAUCCAGCAGUCUACAUUACAGAGAACGGCUUCUCUCAGGUGGGGGCGCUGCUCAUUGAGGAUAUUCAGCGAGCGCAGUUUUACAAGGACACCAUUUUGGAAGUUGCUCAAGCUACACAGGAGGAUGGUGUCGAUGUCCGUGGAUAUUUUGCAUGGUCGCUGUUGGACAACUUUGAAUGGGCUGAUGGAUUCAGUGUUCGUUUUGGAUUGUUUCAUGUGGACUUUGAUGAUGAAAAGCGAAGACGAACUAUGUACCAGUCUGGACGGGAGUAUGCCAAGAUUAUUUUGCAUCACAAACUGGGUCAGUGAAGACGAGAAGAAAAUUUUUAACUUUGCUGUACAUUCUUCAUAAACUAGCAGAUUUUGCAUUUUUCCCUGUUAGAAUUACACAACAUGAGUCAGAUUCGGUCAACCAGUCAAU